GCCCACGUUCCACACAAAUUUUUAUUUGAGGCAAAUCAAUGUCAAGUGAUCUACGUACCGAUAUCGCGAUAUCGAUGUGGAUGAUUAUGUGUGGCACUUUUCCUGUGAGUUUCUUGGAAGUUUUGCUCAGUUGCUAUUAAUUUUAUUAGCCUGGCUUGGGUAGUGUUGACGGUUUGAACACCUCCUGUGUGUAGGCUUCGAUAAAAGUUUUUCUUUCUUUCAAACGACAACUUUCCCUGUCAUAGUCAAGUGCCAUACAGAUCUUGUGAAGGAACGCCUUAUUUUCAUGUCUGAUCGACGCUGGUAGCAACAAUGGAGAUUCGCAGACGGAGAACAAGCUUGGCCCUGCCCCAGGACGAAUUGAGCACACAGCCGCUCGACCGCGUUGGCGCGGAUGACUUCUACGAGAGCUACGAGCCGAAGGGAGACUUGGGAAAAGGCUUAUCCAGUGUUGUACGGAGGUGUGUACAUCGAGAAACUGGCAAAGAGUAUGCUGUGAAAUUCAUCGACAAGACCAUCGAUAUAACCCUAGCCAAGGCCGUUCGCACGGAGAUUGAUGCCCUGGAGCGUGUCAGCCACCAGUACAUCAUCAAACUACACGAAUGGUACCAGAGUCCAGUCUAUUUCUUCUUAGUAUUUGAACUGGCAGCCCACGGUGAGCUGUUUGACCAGCUGAACAAGGCCGUGCGCUUCUCUGAGAUGCGCUCAAGAAUGGUGAUGAAGCAGUUGUUACUUGCCAUCGAGCAUAUCCAUUCGCUCAACAUCGUUCACAGAGACGUCAAGCCGGAGAAUAUUCUACUUGGGGAAAACUUCAAUGUUCGACUUUCAGAUUUCGGCUUUGCUGCGGUCAUACCUAACGACACAUCAUUGAGAGAGUUAUGUGGAACCCCCGGCUACAUGGCUCCUGAAGUGCUCAAGUGCGCCACCUAUCCGGAUGCACAGGGAUACGGCAGGCCCGUCGACAUGUGGGCAUGUGGUGUCAUCCUAUAUACUAUGUUAGUUGGCUUCCCGCCAUUCUGGCAUCGCAAGCAAAUGCUCAUGCUACGGCUGAUCAUGGAUGGAAAAUACUCUUUUGCCGCACCGGAGUGGCAUGAUAUAGGUGACUCGGCGAAGGACAUGAUCCGUAAACUUCUUGUGGUUGAUCCGAAUCGCCGGUACACUGUACAUCAGGCGUUGGCGCAUCCGUUCAUCUUAGAGGAGGGCACGCGUAGCAAGCGCCGACGGAUGGUGCUGAACCGCUUUGUGGGCGCGGUGGAUGCAAUUGUGGCCGCCAAGGUGCUCAACCGCGCCGUGUACAACCGCAGUCGCGCAUCCAGCGCGGAAACCCCCGAUCACUUGACCCCGUCGUCCCAUCACAGUGCAGCUGGCAGCGGGGGCGACGCCGAUGUCGGCUGUGACAGCAUGGUGUCGUCGCGGGCCAGCAGUCCGACGUCGGACGACUGCGACGACAUGGAAAUCCCGACGGUGGACACGGCACCUGAAGUGCCGUACGAGCACGCGCUCAUACGCAGCGCCAUCGACGGGCUGGCGUUCCGUGUUUACGGGCACUGGGUGAAGAAAGGCGACCAGCAGAACCGCGCCGCCAUGUUCGAGAACCAGCCGAAGAACGUGGCUCAGCGCGUGCGCAGUCGCAUGACAGGGGGUGUGAUGGCCACGCCACGACAGUCGGCGCGCGCUAGCCCCACGCCGGGUUCCGUGGCGACCGGACGGCCGGCCAUCAGCCCGCUGCCGCAUAUGUGAGCGCUCGCAGCUACGCAGUGUGUACGUGCUGUACGUGCUCGUGUCACAGUGUGUGUGUGUGUGUGUGUGUGUGUGUGUGUGUGUGUGUGUGUGUGUGUGUGUGUGUUGUGGUAAGACCUGUUCCUGGCCGAUGCGCGCCAGGUACCGCUGGUCGCGCAUCCUUGACUGCAAUGUCCACGCCGAAUGAAACGCUUCCCUGGAGCCGGCCGCCGUCUGAAAACACUGUGAGCACAUUGUGCUGGUUGUUUGCUGAUGGCGUACCUCGACUGCUCCUCUCUCUUCAUGUCGUGUAAGCUACAGCGCCAUUACUGUGUUAUCUUGACGGGUACGGCGCGUGCAGUAAUACGCCGUGAGACGUGUUCCCGGAAGUCAUUGAGUGGAAUUGAUGACUGGCCUUCAAGAUGCCGUAAAGCAUCAUGGCCUACAUGUGUAAGUCCCCGCGUUGAAUGAUCUUCAUCAGUUGAGAUCUGUGUCUGUCUCAAAUGCGUGGUUUGGUCCUCCAGGCUUGAGCUUGUCCGCUGUUUGCUGCAUUAAAAAAUUGUUGAAGCACAAUAGAGUUGCUGAACACGCUGGUGCUGUCGCUGCCAGCCUAGGUCAUUUAGUGUGUGUGUGUGUGUGUGUGUGUGUGUGUGUGUGUGUGUGUGUGUGUGUGUGUGUGCGCGUGUGUGUGCGCGUGUGUGUGUGUGUGUGUGCGCACGCCUGUAUGUAGGAUUUUAGGAGCGCUGCUCUUUUUUUUAAUGGUGUGGCAGUGCUGUGUGCGAGAGUCAUUUCACCCCCAUAUAUCUACCGGUUUAUUCGCUUUUCAAAGAUCUAUACUCUGCUGCUCUUAUCACUGUAUUUGGUAUUUACUCUGCUGAAUAUUUCCCGGCUGAACCUGCCCAUUCGCACACUGAACUAUCUCGGAAUGCUCCAUGGGCUGGCAUCUCCGCUUCACUGGCUGCUUGCGCUUGUCCGCUGUUCUAUAGCCGACCUAUCAUGACAAUGCCGCGCACACAUGCACAGCCUCUAUUAUUAAGUUACCCUCUAACUUAUGUUUUAAACCAUCUGCUCACCUCUCAGCAUCCCACCGAGUGUUUUAUAUUCUUCCUUUAUACCGUCUGAUCUCGGAAAUCCGUUCCGAAAUGCGGUCGGAAUUCGGAGGUUCCUCCGUAUAGGCUUACCGCAUGCAACGUAUUGUACAAAGCUUCUCUGUGUCAGCCAAUGUUCUGUUGCUCGAGUGCACGUUCGCUGCUACUGCUGUUACCGGUGUUAGCAUGCUGUAUUAUGCUACAGGCUGUUGGUGUUUGUUUCUUUCGCUACCUACACUGUAACACCACUCUGCAGUGACACUGACUUGGCAGCAGCCACAUUUUGAGGAUCACGACCAGGUUGAGCUUGAUAAUUUGUGUCAUUCAGCUGCUUUAUUUUUUACCGGUAUUUAAAAAAAAUGUCAUGCCCUGCAUGUUUUUACUGCUCUUUUAACUCUUUUUUACCGUCUUUCUUCUGUCGGUGCUGCCAAAUUAUGGUAUUUUGAUCAGGAUAUUCUUCUGUGACUUGAAAAUCUCUUUCUUCCAUUCCGCAUGGGGCUCAAUA